AUGUCCGAUGAAAAACUCGAGGUGAAAGAGAGCGAUAUGGAAGAAGCUGAGCAAUCUGUGGUGAUCGGUGUGGUCAGGGAAGCACAACGAUUGUACAAUAUCGACAAAGAUGUGGCCGCUUUUAUUAAAGAGGAGUUGGACAAACAACUCGGUGCUACAUGGCAUAUUAUUUGCGGGAAAUGUUUCGGUUCACGAGUAUCAUACGAAAUGGGACAUUUCCUACUACUCAAAUGUAACAAGGUUAACGUCAUGAUCUUCAAAUGUGGCUACUAA